AUGGCGAUGAUGAUGACUGGCCGUGUGCUGCUGGUGUGUGCCCUCUGCGUGCUGUGGUGCGGUGUCUGCGGUGGUGAACGAGCUGAAACAACUCCAGAUUCUCCGGGUAAUACGUCCGAAAAGAAACCUCAAAACGAAGAGAUCGUCGGUGCCACUGGAGGAGGUGACCAAAGCAGUAAACCGGCAGCGCCACAAGAACAAGCACCAGCGGCGUCAGGAUUACCGGCAGCGCCAGCGAACUCAUUACAGGAAACACACUCCGGUAGAGAAGCAUCAGAAAAGGCAAGUGAAACGAUUGAAAAAAAGGAUCAAAAAGAAGAUAAGGAUAAAGGGGAAGAAGGGGAGGAAGACGAAGAAGGGGAGGAAGACGAAGAAGAAGAAGACGAAGACAAAGAAGAGGAAGAGGAAGAGGAAGAGGAAGAGGAAAAGAAUGAUACGAAUGAAAAGGAAGAAGAAGAAGAAGCUGUUACCGGCACCACAGAGGGGAUCUCAGCAGGCGGUCAAGAGCAGACAAGUUUAUCUUCUGGUGCGGAGGGAGCAUCGAAUAAAACAAAUCCCAACAGCACACCAACAACUGGAGACGAUGAUCCAGCAGCUGAUGGUGCAGGGACAGCAGAAGGAAAACAAAAUGAAAAUAAAGAAUCCAAUCCGAAAGAAACACCAGUGACGGCCACGGCCAUGAAAACUACAACGGCGACGACUGGCGACAGUGACGGCAGCACCGCGGUCUCCCACACCACCUCCCCUCUUUUGCUUCUUCUUGUUGCUGCUUGUGCGGCUGCUGCUGCGGUGGUGGCCGCAUGA